CACACACCCCAACCCCCGCCACGAUCCAAGAAGGGAGGGGCGAGAGAGGAAAUCGAACUUGGCCUUGGAACAAAAGAACAAAGACAGCUCUGGUGCUACGCAACGUUUCAGCCAGGCCGUGCGGGAGUUUGGCCCGCAUUGGUCAUGCCCGUUGCAUGCUGGGUGCAGCAGUUCCUGUUACUUAGCUACGUCGACCCAAGAUGACGGGACACACGUUGUACGUUCAGAUCGGUUCCAGGUCUCGCUGCUGCUGUGAGCUGCCCACCAUGCCGACUGCUUUAACCUUUAGACAUGUGCGAGCAGCGUUAAGGACUGCUCGGAACACAAACUGAAGCCUUACUUUUGCUCACCGGCUGCGCUCUUGCCGGGGCUCAGGCUGCAAGUGGACUGACUUCCUGAUUAACUGCUUCAUACCGCUCGGAAAGUUGAGGAAGGCCCUGGAGUCCCGAGGACUUGCGUCCAAGGCGAGGUUUUCUAGGCACGACUGAACUGUCCCAGCCAGCGAAGGAAGAAGCCUGGAUUGCCCUGGGAGCUGCCGCUGCACAAUCCCCAUUGCACUGACAUCUUCUGGGCUUUAGCCCCCAAGGCAAGUGGUAGUAGAGUCACCUGGUUCGAGCUCCAGGCGGCAUCAGCUGACCAUCACAGGUCCCUGGGCAGUGUGAGAUGGGACGGACAUCGAAGGACAAGCGAGAUGUCUACUACCGCCUGGCCAAGGAGAAUGGCUGGCGUGCCCGCAGUGCCUUCAAACUGCUACAACUAGAUGAGGAAUUCCACCUCUUUGCAGGUGUGACACGAGCUGUUGACCUCUGUGCAGCUCCGGGCAGCUGGAGCCAGGUGUUGAGCCAGAAGAUUGGGAGCCAAGAGCCUGGCCGAGUGGUGGCUGUGGACCUGCAGACGAUGGCUCCACUCCCGGGUGUGAUCCAGAUCCAGGGGGACAUCACCCAGCUGUCCACUGCCCAGGAGAUCAUCCAGCACUUUGAGGGCUGCCCUGCAGACCUGGUGGUGUGUGACGGGGCUCCUGAUGUCACUGGUCUCCAUGAUGUCGAUGAGUAUAUGCAGGCCCAGCUCCUCCUAGCAGCUCUGAAUAUUGCCACGCAUGUCCUAAAGCCGGGAGGCUGCCUUGUGGCCAAGAUAUUCCGAGGCCGGGAUGUGACACUAGUAUACAGUCAGCUACGCAUCUUCUUCUCCAGCGUGCUCUGUGCCAAGCCCAGGAGCAGCCGGAACUCCAGCAUCGAGGCGUUUGCUGUCUGUCAAGGUUAUGACCCUCCUGAGGGCUUCAAGCCAGACUUGAGCAAGCCCCUGCUGGACCAUGCCUAUGACCCAGAUUUCAACCAAUUGGAUGGACCUACCCGCAUCAUUGUACCUUUUGUGACUUGUGGGGACCUGAGCGCCUAUGAUUCAGACCGGAGUUACCCACUGCACUUACAGGAUGGCUCCGAGUACAAGUACACGCCCCCCACCCAGCCCCCUAUCUCACCCCCGUACAAGGAGGCCUGCACAUUGAAGAAGAAGGGACAGCUGGCCAAGGAGAUUCGCUCUCAGGAUUGCCCAAUCAGCAGAGUGGACACUUUGUCCCAGCCCCUGGCCACUCCUCAGCGCCAUACCCUGCUUGCUCCUGAGGUAGAAGAGAAUGGAAUUGAAAUUAAUUGUUCAUAUUAAGGUAAAAAUGAACAGGCUGCCUAAUAUCAGGGAUGCCAGAACUUGAGUUGAAGCUAUUUUCAAUAUCAUGUCAGCCAUGGGGCCUAAACAGGCAAGCCAUGUCAUUGGAAUCUGCAAGAGCCACCACAGAGACAACAAGGAACAAAUCCGAAUGUGAGGUGAUGAAUUCUUGACGGAGGUCCUACCUCUUCUCUAAGCCUCUCCCAGGGAUGCCCUAAUUAUUUCCAGUUUCCCCCCUGAAACCUGAGGGUGUUCACUUGCAUAGAAAUCAGGGAAUCUAUAUAUUCAUGCCACAUAGUUUCAUGAAUAACUGAUCUUGAACUUGAUUCCCAGUACUGAAUACUGGCAACAAACCACAAUAGAAAACACUGUACCUAUGAUUUUCUCAUGGAUGCAAAAAUACCCUUUUAAUGUAAUAUUACAGUUGGAGGCAUAUGGCAAUAUUGUUUCUGUUUGUCACCACUGUGAAUGAUAGCAGAUUUUUAAAAUCCACUGUUUUGAUUAAAAAGCCCCAAAUGUUACCACACCCCAAUUUUUUUCAAUUUCAUAUAUAGCAAUAAUUAAAUUUCAGUGUAAUGGAAUCCCAUUUUAAUAUGGAGGGGUUCUUCAAGAAGUUCAUGGAAAGUAGAAUUGGAAAUAAGUUUCUUUGAGCAUAGACAUUUUUGAGAUUUGUGCAUAAGUGAGGAGUCUUCCCCAAAGUUUGUCUGAAAUACAUUUUAUGGGAAAACUGCAUAGAUUUCAAUCUGUAACAAAAUAAACUUAAUUCCAUCUUUUCAGGACCUUUUUUAAAUGCCCUGAUCUUUGUGUAUGUGAGUACUCAUAUGGACAAUGUGCAAUUUUUUAAAUAUUCUGGAAGCAAGCAUUUAGCCUGGGGAUUGAGACAACCCACACCCUUUAUCUGAAGUACCUGGGUUCAUUUCCAGCUCCUGAUUCUAACAUCCUGCCAUUACAGACCCCUGGAGGCACCAAGGAUGAUGGCUCAAAUAAUUGAGUUCCUGCCACUUGUGUGGGAGACCUGGAAUAAGUUCCUGGCUUCCAGCUUUGGC